AACCCUGGAUCCGCGAGUCUCUCUCUUUCUCUCUCUCUCUCUCAUUGCGUAUGUAGGACAGUCGGUCUCGCCUCAAAUAAAGACAAAUUGUUUUCUGUACGGAGCGAUUGAGAUUGUCCCCGCUGGUGCGGAAAAAAGGCGAGAACAACGAGAGUGAGAGAGCAAAAAAAAAAUCACUAACCGUCGCUCUGCAACGGCGCAAUUCCGCGUCAUCCCUAUAAAACCUCGGGACGAGCACCACCGUGUCGACAUUGUUCGGUCAGAAGAUCUCGAAGAAACAACGCCGUCGUCACCGAGAAGAUGAUCGUCGUCACCGACAAUCUUGCAAACCGCGCAACCACCUUCUGCGUCCUUACGCUGCUGCUCUGCUUGGCGUCUCAAGCUUCCGGCGAAUACGAAUCGAGGGAAAACGACGGCAGAUCGCCGGAAAACAACUUGGUCUCGUGUGAGGGUAAAUGCGAAAAGCGCACCGAGGUCGGCGGCAUGUGGUUCGGUCCGCGUCUCGGAAGACGACGCAGAUCCGAUCCGAAACAGGAAACGAGCUCGGACAUCAUGGCCCUGGCGAACGUUCUUAAGGACACGCGCAUGGCCGUCGUCAUGAUUCCGGGUAAGGAAGAGACUCCCGGGUGUUCUCGAAGCGACUCGCGCGUUUCGAAAAUCGAUACCCCCGAGAAGAGACGGAAGAACUUCCAUCCCACACCGCGAACGGGACGAGAAUUGAACGAGGAUCUGUUCUCGUACGAAGACGCAGCGAUAGACGAACGGAACGAGAUUAUCGAGGACGAGCCGCCGACCUUCUCACCGCGUCUGGGACGUCGACUACCCUGGACACCGUCGCCGCGACUCGGUCGUCAAUUGUACAACGCAUUCCGAAAGAUGUAGAGAACCUUAUCUUCCCUCCUUACCCCCAAUGUGACGAAGAAACAACACCCGCGAAGAGAACGUCGAGAGUUUGCAAACAAUAUAAAAAAGUUUUACGCGACUGUUGAAAUAUAUAAAAUAAAUACAACGACGAAGCGCGCGACAACUGCGACCAUUGUGCCGACAACCCCAUGAAAUACUACCAGCAUUUAUUUGUAAACUGUGGCCGUUGUCGCCACGAAUUAUGAUUACAGAAUUUUCUCAAAGUUUCGCUAAUAAAUCACAAUAUCAAUACAUUUGAAAAAUAAUUUUUUUUUUUUUUUAAAUUGAACCUACUCAAAAACAAAAAAUAUUUUAAAGAAGAUCCUCCAGAGAAAACUAAUUGUGACGUUUCGAAGUUGCUUUUCUGUGUCGCGCGAAUCAACAUUUUCCACGAGAACAACUUGCUCUUUGAUGCUCUAUUGUAAUCGAUUUGUGUAAAUAAAAUCUUUCUUUUCAACGCCGCGAGCGCUUUUUCAUCAAA